CCGCUGUUAUUUGCUCCCUCUUCGAGUUUCCCUUUCGUUCGUCGUCAUUCUCUUCUUCUCCUUUCCCUUACACCAAGCCCUAGUUCUAUUACUCUUCGUACAAUUCGUUCGGUUCUUCUAGACACGCGAUUCGACGAUGGACUUCCAUAAAGAAUUGUUUUGAAUUACUGAAGUAGCCCGAGUUUUCUCAAUUCUGUUCGGUUUCGCAUUGAUUUUUGGUUUUGGAUCUGCGAGGAGAGUUUCCAUGGCGGAUCAGGAAGAGGAGGACCUGCGAAUGGCCCUGAGGAUGAGUAUGCAGCCCUCUCCCCCCGAGCCAAAACGGAGCAAGCCCAGGGACGCUCCACCCGGAUCUCCGGCUGACUCGUCGAUGGAGUCGCCAGAGGCCAAGAACCGGCGGAUGCAGCGGGAGCUCAUGGCCGCCGCCGCAGAGAGGCGAAUGCUGCCGGUUAGGACCGCCACUCCCAUGGCGGGUGUGCGUUCGGGUUCCACAUUGCAGGUUGAUAAGAAAGAGGGGAAAUUAGGGGUGGAAGAGGUGAGUUGGGGGAAGGAACUAUCGGAGGAGGAAGCGAAGCAGCUGUUUUCGAUGGUGUUUGGGAAUGAGGUUUCGAAGGACAUCCUCGCACAAUGGACUAAUCAGGGAAUAAGGUUUAGUUCUGAUCCAGAAACAUCUAUGGGCCUAGUGCAACAUGAAGGUGGGCCCUGUGGCGUCUUAGCAGCCCUACAGGCAUAUGUUCUCAAAUACAUUCUUUUCUUUCCAAAUGAAUUAGGUAGCGUGACACAGAAUUUGGGUUCAAGGAGAUUGUCUACAGGUGAAUGUAUUGCAUCAAAUAAUUUUCCUUCUCUCACCGAAGAUGCAAAAGCAAGAGCCCUGGUUAGAAGUAUGGUUGAGAUAUUGUUUUUAUGCGGAGAUAGUAAAAGUGUUGUGGUGGCAACUCUGAAUGUCAUAACCCACAAUGUUGAGGCUGAAGACGGUUUGAGGGAGGAGAUCAUUGCAAAAUCACUUGAUGGUCUGUCAAUUGAAUCGGCAUCUGACUUGCAGAAAAUUCUAAGAGUUGACACAUACACAUCGCAAGAAAGUGCAUUUCAGAUUCUCCAACAAUUGAUUCCCUUUUUCCAAAGUCGUAUGGGGGCAAUGCUAUUUCUUAUUUCUGCUUUACUUUCACGAGGACUGGACUCUGUUCAAGCUGACAGGGAUGAUCCCAGCCUACCUCUAGUCACUGCUCCAUUUGGGCAUGCCUCUCAGGAAAUUGUAAACCUACUGCUCUGCGGCCAGGCUGUCCCUAAUGUGUUUGAUGGUAGGAUGGACUUGGGUGGUGGCAUGUUUCUAAAGGGCAUAUUCAGAAAUGUGGAAGUUGGAUUCCUCACUCUGCUAGAAUCUCUCAAUUUCUGCAAGGUUGGACAGUUUCUGAAAUGCCCAAAAUGGCCAAUAUGGGUUGUCGGGAGUGAGUCCCAUUAUACAGUCAUAUUUUCUCUUGAUACCACUGUUCAAGACGAGAAUGAACUGGAAGAAAGGGAAUCACAGGUACGGAAAGCUUUUGAUGCUCAAGAUCAGAGUGGAGGUGGUGGCUUCAUUAGUGUGGAAGGCUUUCAUCAAGUUCUCAGGGACACAAACAUCAAGCUCACCCCUGAGAAAAUUGAUCACCUUUGCAACACGGGUUUUAUUGUAUGGAGUGAGUUCUGGCAGGUUAUUUUAGAUUUGGACAAGAGCUUGGGAGGUUUAAAGGAUUCAUCUGGAUUGAUGGGCAAGAAGGUGUUUGACCUUUACCAUUUUAAUGGGAUUGCGAAAUCAGAUUUGAAUGGCAGCCACAUAACAACUGGAGGUGAAACUCCCGUGCAAAGACCGAGGCUUACAAAAUUGAGGGUUUCAGUACCACCAAGGUGGACGCCUGAGGAAUUCAUGGCUGAUGUACCAGUGUCCUCGGCUUCUGGUGGAAAUGAAUCUGGAGGGAAAGAGACUGAAGCUAAACCGGAGCCAUCUCAGCAUGCUCCUUUGGUGGACUGCAUACGAACACGCUGGCCCCGUGCUACUUGCAAUUGGGUGGGGGAUCACCCUAGUAUUGUGUGAAUGAUUUAAUGAUUGGGUCCGUUCUUAGUUGUGGGAACCAUAGACAGCAUGAAUGGAAAAACAAGCACAGGUAAAGUGAGGAUAGAUUUGCUUGUUUGGUUUGAUUGCGUUUCAGGGCACAUGAAUCGGGUCCAUGAACUGGUUUUGUCAGUCUGAAAUAUGUGCAUAGCCAUUUGUACUCUAUAUUCUGUAUGUUUGACUCCCAAUUAGAUUUUGAUAUGUCAACACAAGCAAACGGAAAGAACUUUGUGAUAUUCUUGUCACUUGAGUUGUAAAAUUCAUUCAUGUCAACCUUUAUCGAUUAGAGGAACAUUUUCUUUUUC